AUGGACUGGGUCCGAGUGGUUCCGUGCCCACCUCUGCACACGGGAUCCAUGCAGCGAAAGUGGUUCUUCCCGGGGAAAGCGCUUCUCAGGUACCACUCCCCACUCCAGAUCAUAUGUGGUCCUGACGUACACAGAGCCGCUCAUCGUCAGGUGCAAUGGCCCCCAGAGGAUCCUGUGUCAAGAUGGAGACACCCUCAUACUCCCCCAUACGGACAUCAGCACGCCCGCCCGACUGUCACAUGUCAGCCUGUGGCCCGCUCCACCCCAGUCCACCACACCCAGCCCUGUCGGACCCAGCCGGGCAGCGGGCACCUCCGGAAUGGCACCAAAGCACACUGCCCGCAUCACACGCACUCCUCUUCCCACCACAACCACCAAACCCACACCCCCCUCACGCACUCCAUCCAGGCCAACGGGAUGCGCAACGGAGGCCCUCACCCCAAACUGGGCUCUCUUCCGCGGGGAGGUUCGUCCACGUCGUCCUCCUCGUCGGCUGGUCCCAGGCACUCCUCCAGGAAGCUCCAGUCCAACCCCUCCAUCACGUCCCAGAGCAGCAAGAGGAGCAAGAGCAGCUCCAAGAGUAACAGCUCACAGAUCCCCACAGAGGCCCAGGACGACUGCUGCGUGCACUGCAUCCUGGCGUGUCUCUUCUGCGAGUUCUUGACGCUGUGUAACAUCGUGUUGGACUGCGCCACCUGCGGGUCGUGUGCGGGGGACGACUCGUGCUUCUGCUGCUGCUGCGCCUCAGAGGAGUGUGGGGACUGUGACCUGCCCUGUGACAUGGACUGUGGGAUCAUCGACGCCUGCUGCGAGUCCGCCGACUGUCUGGAGAUCUGCAUGGAGUGCUGUAGCCUCUGCUUCUCCUCCUGAGGACCACCGGGAUCUGAGCGAUAAGGGGUCUUCUCAACUGAGCUACCGGGAUUAACGUGAACCAAAGUACGACGAAGAUGCUUAAGUCUUCUCGUUCAAGCCCAGUUAAUGCCAAGUUUACAGAAGCGAUGGUUUUGAGAGCUCGCCCUGUAAGACCAUGCAAUCUUCUUGGAAAAAAAAGUUGUCUUCUAGUUCAAAAUUGUCUUCUAGUUCAUUUUUCUAUCAUCAAAAGGCAAAUUUGAUUCAUUGAUAAAGUUGCAUGGUUUAUUCCGGACUCUGUGAUCGAGACAAAGUAUGAUGAAGAUACAAGUCUUGUUGGUCAAGACCAGUUAAGUUCCAAGUUUACAGAAGCAAUGGUUUUGAGAGCUCUCCAUGUGAGACCAAUCAAGCUUCAUGGAAAAAAAAAAAAAGUUGUCUUCAAGUUCAGUUUUCCAUCAUCAAAAGGCAUACUGAAGCUAUUGAAAUCUAGCUUCUCCACCUCCUCCAAACACACUUUACUGAUGGUUUAUUCUUGACUGCUCGAUCAAAUUAAGUUGGAGCGGUGUAGAUCAAAGUAUGACGAAGACGCAUAAGUCUUAUCGGUCAAGACUUGUCAUUCAGGUAUCCAUCAGGUCAUAAGUGAUGAAUUUGGAGCUAUUCAAAUCUAGCUUCUCCAUUCGAGACUUUGCACACAUCCAUAAAGUUUCUAGGUAACUCAAAUCAGUCAAUCAACUUUGACUGUGUGAUCGAGAUGAAGACGCGCAAGUUUUAUCGGUCAAGCCCAGUUUACAGAAGCAAUCCUUUUGAGAGCUCUCCAUGUGAGACAAUGGAAAAAGUUGGAAGUUUUAUUCUGUAUUGACUGAGGGAUCGGGAUUAACUUGAAGUAUUAUCAAAAGACGACAAAAAUGCACAUCUUCAAAUUUUCCAUAAGGUCAUUUGUGAUGAAUUUGAGAGCUGUUUGAAUCCAGCUUCUCC